AUGGAGCCUGAGAAUGAGCCCCACGAUUGCAAUCAAUACAAGGAUACAGCAUCUAACGUGCAAGACAUCAAGCUGAAGUCUACUACAGAAUGUCAAAGCAAAGAGAAGAAUGAAGUGCAGCACCUCAGAGAUCGUUUAGCAGCCCAAGAGCUACUAACACAACAGCUUCUAGACCGUGAACAAGAGCGCGAGGUCGAACGCGAGUUUAUGAAAAGAAGUGUACUAUCGUUGCAGCAGGAUUUACUUCGUCUGAUGAAUAUUGUCGAUCUGCAGAUGCAAAUUCCGUCGAUGCAUAUGCAAAUGCAGCUCUCGCCGAUGGCAACUGGUGUCGAAAUGGCUUUUCGUGGUGUGUCACCGCGAUUUGCAGCAAAAAUCGGCAUGAGACCAGCUUUUAUGGAGCACAAAGCGUUUAGUAAAAAGCGCCAGACUCAAGGACAUGAAUUUGGAUUGAGUGAGGAAGCGCUUGUAUCACCUGCACACGAUGCAGCGGUGAUUGAAAGCGACAUGUCGCCGCAAUGCAAGCGAAUAAAAACGUCAGCUUCAAAUUCUAAGUUGAGUAAGCGUCAGUGGAAUCCAGAAGAAGAUGAAGCGCUUGAGUACGCGAUUCAGAGAAUGGGAGCAAACGACUGGACGGCUAUUGCACGGCUACUACCUGGACGUUGUGGCAAACAGUGUCGAGAGCGAUGGGUGAACCACCUGAGUCCAGCAGUCAACAAAGAAGCUUGGACAGAAGAAGAGGACGAAUUGAUAUUUUCAACACGCGACCGUAUUGGCAACCGAUGGGCAGAAAUCGCGCGUUUGUUACCUGGGCGGACAGACAAUGCGAUUAAAAAUCGAUACUACUCUACCAUGCGACGCCGUGGACGCCUGCUUCGCAGUGCGACAAGCAGUAGAAGUCGAUCAUCCGAUAUGAUGUCUGAGACCUCUGGAGAUGCGCUCACGGAUGACAAAUCUGGUAUAACGUCAUGCUCAUCCGUAUCUUCGGAGGCUGAGCUAACUGUGAAAGAAGUUUGA